ACUCCUGACUUUGUGUGGGAAAUUAACACAUUGACUGUACCCAGUAGCUCAUUAAUCCUUUUUCCAGAGAUGGCAAUUCAUGGCAGUGUAGUUUUUGUUUCGUGUGUGUAUGUGUGUGUGUGUGUUUGCAAGACCCUUACUCAAGACUAAUUUCUAACAAUAUUUUGAAGCUGUGGCCCUGAUUUCUAGCCUAUAAGAAAUCUGAACAAUAGAGAUUUCAUGACCCCCAACUUUGUGUCAUGACUCCCUGUGGCAACUUCCAACAACAAAGAUGUUCUCGGCACUUUCUGUGGUGACAGAGAGCCCAGUGACCACUGAGUGUGGGCACAGCUUUUGUCUGGUGUGUCUCCUGAGAAGCUGGGAGGAACAUAACACCCCUUUGUCAUGUCCUGAGUGCUGGAGGACCUUGGAGAUCCCGCAUUUCCAGCCCAACGAGCGUCUGGGGAGGCUGGCUGGCAUUGGCAAGCAGCUCAGGUCCCAGGUGCUGCACAGUGAAGGCAACCAGGGCAGCUAUGAGAGGAUGCUGGCUGCCACCAGGAUGUUGUCUGAUGAGGAGCUGGGAGGCCACAACUUCUCAACCCAAGGCCCCGGAGUAAACAGAAUGAAUCUCUCCAGUGAGGCUGAGGAGCAUCACAAAGAGAAACUCCAGGAAAUACUAGACAUUUUGUGUAAAAAGAGAAAGGAAACAGAGGUUAUAUUAAACCAUGAGAAGGAGAGAGUGAUAUUGUGUAAGGAAGAGACAAAGACCUGUAAGCAGGUUGUCCUGUCAGAAUAUGCAAAAAUGCACCAGUUCCUGAAGGAGGAGGAGCAGCUGCAGCUGCAGCUUCUAGAAAUGGAGGAACGAGAGAACCUGAAGAAACUGCGGGACAACGAGAUCAGGCUGACCCAGCAGAUGCGAAGCCUGAGCAAAAUGAUGGAACAGAUAGAGUCCACGUGUCAGAACUCGGUUAUAGAGUCUUUCGAGGAUGUGAGAGGAAUACUGGAAAGGAGCGAGCCCCUCUUGCUUCAGUGUCCAGAGGCCAUCAGCACGGGACUGACUCUGUGCCACAUCACAGGAAUGAGGGAGAUGCUGAGAAAAUUCAGCACGGAUAUAACCCUAGAUCCAGCCACAGCCAACGCCUACCUAGUCUUGUCUGAGGAUCUGAAAAGUGUGAAACAUGGAGGAAUCCGACAGCAGUUGCCUGACAACCCUGAAAGAUUUGACCAGUCUGCCACGGUGCUGGGCACUCAGGUCUUCACCUGCGGGAGACACUACUGGGAGGUGGAAGUGGGCAACAAGACCGAGUGGGAGGUGGGCAUCUGUAAGGACUCAGUGAGCAGGAAGGGGAACCUCCCCAAGCCUCCUGGGGACCUCUUCUCACUUAUAGGCUUAAAGAUUGGCGAUGAUUAUAGUCUUUGGGUCUCAUCACCUUUGAAAGGCCAACACGUCAGAGAGCCAGUGCAUAAGGUUGGCAUUUUCUUAGACUAUGAGUCUGGACAUAUAGCGUUCUACAACGUGACAGACGAGUCCCUCAUCUACAGCUUCCCUCCAGCCUGUUUCCAAGAGGCUCUCAGGCCCAUCUUCUCCCCUUGUCUCCCAAACGAAGGGACCAACACAGGCCCUCUUGUCAUCUGCUCACUGAAGCACCAUUGCCCUGCUCACUGAUGCCCUCAGCCUUUUCGGAGAGUGAGGUCUAAGACCAACUGAUAACUAUUAAUUAGGAUGAUUAAUGCAUCGAUGGUAUUAACAUCAGGUGAUCUGAAAGAAAGCACCCCCCUCCCCAACAACCCUCAGAAGUUUCCAUUAUUUUGAGCCCUCACUGAACAGCCAAAUUGGACAAUCAACUUCUAACACCAAUAGGAAAAAGCUGACUUUAUCCUGUGUCUUGAAUCAAAUUCAUUAUCUAGACUGCCCCCUAUAUGUGCUGAUCACUGAAAAUGUAAAGAUAGAACUAGUCCCUAGUAACCUGAAUCCCAUUGUCAUAGGCCGGUUUAUAAAUCUAUGUCAUUUUUUUCAAGUGUAUUUAUUUAUUUGACUCUAAAAAGCUCCACUAUUUGCAUGUGUCUGUCUUAUGUGUAAAGCUCCUUGUGCCAGGGCAAACCUAACUCCUCCAGGGGGCUGGAUACAUGGGUUCUCCUUUUUCAUGACUCGGCCUUCUCUGAAAAAGUGCUUUUCUUCCCAUCCUAUGGGGCCUGAAGAGUCGGUCCUCAGGAAGAGUUAUGUGUUCAGAAUGGUACAAAGAUAUGUGUGAAUAUCAUCGUGGCAUUCACAUUACCAUAUUCACAAGAUCAUGGAGCUUUCUGUUGUUAAUAUAUUCAAAGGCGACAAAGCAAAGUAUUUAGUCAAUACACAUAUCAAGGCUGUGGGUGCAGAGUGAGUUUUUGAGUUUUGUGUGUUAGUUGCUCAGUCGUGUCUGGCUCUUUGUGACCCCACAGACCCUACAGAGGAGCCCCUCCAAGCUCGUCUGUCC